GCAUGAUUACUGUGCUCUUCUUAAAGGCUUUGGGGACACUCACGCUGCUCAUUCAGRAAGAGAGUGGACCAAGGUAUCCCCAGAGAGACUUCCGGAAAGAACUCAACAGAUCCAAACAUGCAUUGGCUGCAAAAACUUCAGAGACUUUAUACCCUAUGGAGUCCUGAGAUGUCCAGGUACCCUCUCCACGUUACCGUCAGGCAACUGUCGUCCAUACCGUGGGGCCACCAAGAUGUGCCAGAGAAGUUUAACUUUGCUAGCAAUGUGAUCGAUCACUGGGCUGGUAUGGAAAAGGCUGGGAAGAGGCCUCCAGGCCCCGCCCUGUGGUGGGUGAGCGGCGAUGGGGACGAGAUCCAGUGGAACUUCAGACAACUGAGUGAAGUCAGCCAGCAGGCCGCCAACGUCCUCUCGGGGGCCUGCCGCUUGCAGCGUGGGGACCGUGUGGCCGUGGUGCUGCCCCGAGUGCCUGAGUGGUGGCUGGUGACCCUGGGCUGCUUCCGAGCAGGCCUCGUCUUCAUGCCUGGGACUGUCCAGAUGAAGUCCAGAGACAUACUCUACCGGCUGCAGGCCUCCAAGGCCAGGGCCAUCGUGGCUGGGGACGAGGUGGCCCAAGAAGUGGAUGCAGUGGCCUCCGACUGCCCUUCCCUGAGAAUCAAGCUCCUGGUGUCUGAGAAAAGCCGGGAUGGGUGGCUGGACUUCAGGACCCUGAUGCGAGAGGCACCCACCACUCAUCGCUGUGUGGAGACCAGAAGCCAAGAAGCAGCUGCCAUUUACUUCACUAGUGGAACCAGUGGCCCUCCCAAGAUGGCGGAACACUCCCACUCCAGCCUGGGCAUCAAGGCCCAGAUGGAUGCUGGCACUUGGACAGGCAUGCGAGCUUCGGACAUCAUAUGGACCGUAUCAGACCCAGGUUGGAUCCUGAACAUUUUGACCUCAGUUCUGGAACCUUGGACAUUGGGAGCUUGCGUAUUUAUCCAUCUUUUGCCCAAGUUUGACCCCCAGACCAUUCUGAAGGUGCUGUCCAGCUACCCCAUCAACAACAUGGUGGCUGCCCCCCUCGUGUACCGGAUGUUGCUCAAACAGGAUCUUUCCAGACACAAGUUCCCACACCUGCAGAACUGCUUUACUGGAGGGGAGACCCUGCUUCCGGAAACUCUGGAGAACUGGAGGGCCCAGACAGGGCUGGACAUCUGGGAAUUCUACGGCCAGACAGAAACGGGACUCACCUGCAGAGUUUCCAAGACCAUGAAAAUCAAGCCGGGUCGCCUGGGGACGGCCUUACCCCAUUACGACGUGCAGGUCAUCGACGAGGAGGGCCACGUGCUGCCUCCCGGUCAAGAGGGAGACAUGGCCAUCCGGGUGAGGCCCACCAAGCCCAUAGGCAUCUUCCUGGGCUAUGUGGACAAUCUCCAGAAGACUGCAGCCAAUAUUCGCGGGGACUUUUGGCUUCUGGGGGACCGAGGAAUCAAGGAUGAAGAUGGGUAUUUCCAGUUCGUGGUGCGGGCAGACGAUAUCAUUAAUUCCAGCGGGUACCGGAUUGGGCCCUCAGAGGUGGAGAACGCCCUGCUGGAGCACCCUGCCGUGGUCGAGUCGGCCGUAAUCAGCAGUCCAGAUCCCGACCGAGGAGAGGUGGUGAAGGCAUUGGUGGUCCUGGCCCCUGAGUUCCUGUCCCGUGACCGGGACCAGCUCACCCAGGAGCUGCAGCAGCACGUGAAGUCGGUGACGGCCCCGUACAAGUACCCGAGGAAGUUGGAGUUUGUCCUGGACCUGCCCAAGACCAUCUCAGGGAAAAUCCAACGAGGAAAGCUUCGAGCCAGAGAGUGGAAGACGUCUGAGCAAGCCCGGGCCCAGUGAGACCCUCCCCGCACCCGGGGUCACUCACUGGGGUGUUACAACAACCCCAUAUUUCAGUACCAGUUUCUCCAUUACGAUAACAAAAUACCUGAGAAAAAUCAACUUAUAAAGAUAAAAUGUUUAUUUUGGCUGAUUGUUUUGAAGGUCCCCUCCCCUUUCCCCUUCCCUCAGGGGCUUCAGUCUCCCUGUGAGGAUUUUUGGGUUUUUUUCCCUUGAUUAUUAAUAUUGCCUUGUUAGAUGCUGAAAGAAAAAAGAGAAAAGGGAUGAGAGGGAAAAUAAGAGGGUAACAGGAAAAGGAAAUCAAAAUGUCGUGGACAGAUUCACCAGCAAGGGAAAGCAAUUGGAAAAUAAGUCCAUGAAAUAGAUACUGGCACUUGCCGUGAGCCAGGCACAGGCUGAGACACAUCAUCAACCCCUUUGCUUCAUCCCUGAUCCCAGCUGUGGUGAGUGACCAAGAAGGAGCCAGUCCCCACGCCCCAUGCUUUGGAUAUCAUCGGGUCUUCCUAGAAUCAAGUAAUAAAAUCAUUUUUAAAUCAA